AUGGCGUCAAACACGGUCUGUCACCGUUGUCUUCGUGCAGCGGUUAGCUUAGCACGGUCUUCGCAAUCAGCGUCGACUGCCAGUCGGCGGACGUUCACGUCGUCAUCAGCAACGCGUCCCUCCCGCCGCAGAAGUAUACAUCAAGCCGCCGCAAGUCGAGCACCUGCUGUAGAGGCGGCUCGAGUCAGUGAACCAUCUCUGCCUUACCAAGAUGUACGCGGUAGACAAUCCGACAAAGAUGCAGCUGCGCAACGACAACCCAACCGCAUCCUCCUACAACCCAACAACCUCUUCCACUCCUACACCCAUUCUCCCGCGCCCGAGAUAAGGAAACGAGCGGCGUUCAUGCGGCAGAAUGCGUACUGCCCUCAUCCGGACCAUCAGCCGACACGAGCACCCGUCUCGCCGGAUGACCUGGAAGCGAGGAAGACAGGCGCCAUGCCGCCACGGCAUGUCUCAUACGAGUGUCCUGACUGUGGCAUUCCAGUUUCAUGUUCGGAAGAGCACUUUGUCGACGACUACAGCUCACAUCUGGAGAUCUGCGAUACGCUUCGGCAGAUCAACGAAGAUGAUCAUGACCUGCUCAGUGGCCGCUUCUUCCCCGAGUUCGAGUACCCCGGUCCGCAGAUAGAUGAAGCGCAAGUCAACAUGACAAAUUGGGACACCAUGCUGUACAGCAGAGAGUUCAACGCCGUCAACGAAGCGCGCCCUAUGAGGCAGGUGACGCGGUUGUUGACAUACCCUGCCACGAUCGCGAGUGUUCUCCAUGAGCUUAGCCCGUACAGCCUUAAAGAUCGCAUACUACCAGAGGGUCUGCGAUCGCUCAGUGCCCUCCGCUACACCCUACACCCACCGCGGACAGGUGCCGGUAUCGACAUCAAAGGUCUGCGCCCCAACCCUCCUCCCGUACGCCUUUUCAUACUCGGUGCCCGUGCGGAGUCCAGUCUCCCUCGCGAGGUAUGGAUCCAACUUGCCCACCUCUUCCCCCGCGCCACCUUUCACCUCAUCUUUAUCGGUCCGGAGUCAAUGUCAAACCGUGACGACGAGUUCCCGCUUCCUCCACGGACGCCCAGCAAUCCGUUCGGCGCAAUAGUCGAAGAUCGGCUUGGCGGUCAAAUGAAGAUCAGCACGUAUGUGGAGUACUUCCACACGCUGCAUAAUGCUCAGCACUUCUACCCCUAUGACCCGUACUUCGACUGCUUCAUGCUCUUCCACCCGGGGCUAGGACAUCCGGCCAGCUCGCACGAGUGGGCCGAGACGCUACCGCAAUUGCUAGAGACGAAGGUGCCUAUCAUUUGCACAGGGUACACAGAGUUUGACAUGCAGCGAGACAUCGCUUGGGUGAAGGAGCAGGCAAGGGGUGAGGCUGAUCUGCUAAUGCGACCAGGCGAGAACCGCUUUAGGAGUUUGAGAUGGGAUCUGAAUGAUCUGGAUCCGGGUGAUGUCAGUUGUGGCAAUUGGGGCGUGUGGGCAUUCAGAGGCAAGAGGUACGAAGCCGAUGAAUACCGCGGCAAGCAACAAGAAGGGACUACUGGUUGGGAAAAAUGA